UUGACUUUGAUUCUCCUUCUAGACUCUUCUUCUUCUUCUCCUCGUUCUUCAAGAGCUCUUUUUUUCUCUCUCACUCUAUCUCUUGGUUCCUUCCUUGGCCUUCUAUUCCAUGGCCUCUGAUCUUCAAGCGAGGGCCAAAGAGGCAUUCGUCGAUGAAGACUAUGAUCUCGCGAUGGACCUUCUCACUAAGGCCAUUGCUUUUGAACCUAACAACGCUCAAUACUAUGCCGAUCGUGCCCAAGCCAACAUCAAACUCAACAACCUCGCUGAGGCUGUUGCUGAUGCAAACAUGGCAAUUGAGUUGAAUCCUUCUCUCCCAAAAGCAUAUUUGCGGAAAGGGUGAAAACAGUUCUGCCAUUUUUUAUUAUUUCCACCUAUGAUUAUCACCACGAGUAUUGUAUAGAAUGUCAUCAAUGCUAUCAACUACAUUCUUAUCUUGCAUUGUAUUAUCAUAAUCCUUGUUGCUGUUGCUGUUGUUAAGUUCACUCUCAUCAAACAUUUUUGUUGCAAUACUGCAUGCAUGAAGCUUAAGGAAUAUCAGACAGCUAAGGCAGCUCUAGAGAUGGGUGCUUCAUUGGCUCCAGGAGAUUCAAAAUUCACUGAUAUGCUCAAACAAUGUCAUGAGCUCAUUGCUGAAGAAUCUGAUGUCACACCUAUAAUACCAGAAAAGCACACGACAACUCGGGAUGUUUCUGCCAAAGAACUUGAGCAAAAGAAUGACGUUUCACAGCAGAUGACAGUAGCAGUUGCUAAACCUAAAUACAGGCAUGAAUUCUACCAAAAACCUGAUGAGGUGGUUGUUACCAUUUUUGCAAAGGGCAUUCCACGGGACAGCGUGACUGUUGAUUUUGGUGAACAAAUACUAAGUGUUAGAAUCGAUGUACCUGGUGAGGAUGCAUAUGCUCUUCAACCUCGCUUGUUUGGAAAGAUCGUACCUUCCAGAUGCCGAUAUGAAGUUUUGUCUACCAAGAUGGAAAUCCGGCUUGCAAAAGCAGAACCUAUCCACUGGGCAGCUCUUGAAUUCCUUGGAGGUGCAACAGUUCCACAGAGGGCUAUUGUUUCAUCAGGUAACCUCAAUUCUGUUAUCAACGUUCAAAGGCCUACUUACCCUUCCUCUAAACCAAAAAGAAUAGAUUGGGAUAAGCUGGAAGCUCAAGUUAAGAAAGAGGAAAAAGAUGAAAAGCUUGAUGGUGACGCAGCGCUGAACAAAUUCUUCCGCCAGAUAUAUCAAGAUGCAGAUGAGGACACCAGAAGAGCAAUGAGCAAAUCAUUUGUGGAGUCUAAUGGAACCGUACUGUCCACAAACUGGAAAGAAGUGGGAUCCAAGAAGGUUCAGGGAAGUGCUCCUGAUGGCAUGGAGUUGAAGAAAUGGGAAUAUUAGUUUUGGAUCAAUAUUAAUACUUGUACAUCAUUUCAUUUAAUUAUUAUUGGAUGCUCAUUAAUAUUAUUUUUGGCAGAUAACAUCUGACUUAGAAAAAGAAUUUUUUGUUACAUCAUAUUUGAAUACUUCAAUUUAAUUGUA